AUGUCCUACUCAAGUCUUCCCGUUAUCUCGAUCGCCGAGCUUGAGAAACACAAAUCCUCAAAGUCAUGCUACGUUACAAUUGGAAACAGGGUCUACGACAUUACCCCAUUCUUAAGCGACCAUCCAGGUGGUGAAGACUUGAUUAUUGAUUAUGCGGGCAAAGAUAUCGCGGCGAUCCUGGCGGACGAGAUUUCCCACACUCAUUCAGAAGCCGCCUACGAAAUAUUGGAUGAUUACCUUAUUGGCCUCCUCCCAACAGAGACAAACAGAAUGCCUCCAUCUCCCCCUGGCACUCCUCUCAGAGGCGCAACACCAAGGGCUGGAUCACCAAGUCCCUUAACUGGCAUGUCCAGCGAAGAGGAACUCUCAAUACCAACCGACAUUUCUGCUGAUUACAAAAAGCAUAAAUUCCUCGACUUAAAUCGGCCGCUGCUGAUGCAAGUAUGGUCUGGUGGGUUUUCCAAGGAAUUUUACCUCCAGCAGGUGCAUAGACCACGUCAUUACAAAGGUGGAGAGUCAGCGCCUAUCUUCGGGAAUGUGUUAGAACCACUCAGCAAAACUCCAUGGUGGGUUGUACCAAUGGUUUGGUUACCUUGUAUCUGUUAUGGAGUUUUUGAAGCGCACAAGGGAUUGCCAAAUUAUGGUGUCCAGGCUGCGUUUUUUUCGGUUGGGCUUGCGCUUUGGACAUUGAUCGAAUAUGUGCUACAUCGAUGCCUGUUUCACUUGGAUGAAAAAAUGCCAGAUAACCGUGUAUGCAUUACGAUGCAUUUCCUGCUUCAUGGAGUUCAUCACUUUCUUCCGAUGGACAAACUUCGUCUUGUUAUGCCUCCAACAUUGUUUGUUGUACUCGCGACACCAUUUUGGCAUUUAGCGCACUUUGUGUUCUUCUGGGACUGGAACGUGGCCGUCAGUGUUUUCUGUGGUGGUAUCUUCGGAUAUGUUUGUUACGAUCUGACCCAUUACUUUUUGCACCAUAAAUCCCUCCCGUCAUACUACAAGGAACUGAAGAAGUACCAUCUCCAACAUCACUUUGCCGACUACCAGAAGGGAUUUGGCGUCACUUCGAAGAUUUGGGACAAAGUCUUCGGAACGGAGUUGAUGUAUGGUGGCCCCGCUCCUUUGAAGGAGGAGUAA